AUGGAAUUUGGCCCAUCAGAGAAGAAAUCUCUAUCUUACAGAGAAGAUAUUUUUUCAGAAAUCGGCAAAAGCUCGAAAUCCCAACACGAUGGCCUCAAGAAAAGGAGGUCAAAUGGGUUCUUUUCCUUUCGGGAGCUGUCAAUCGACCCAUCCGUGAAAUCUCUAAAGCAUUUGAACUCCCAGAAGUUGAAAGAUGGGAUCAGAAAAUGGGCUAAAGCUGUGGCCCGAUAUGCCCGCCAAGUAAGCAACCGUUUUGGCAGCUCCCGGUAA